UAUCAAUCAAUCAACGAGAACUGAUUUGGUUCUCUUUUUGAUUUGUUUAUUCUGUGGAAUUAGCUUAUAUAAUUUUAACAUAUUGCUUAAAUUAACUUGAAUCUAUGUUCUACGAUCCUGAUGUACUGCCGCAAAGUUAUUUUUCUUUUCAAUAUGAAUACUAUUUACCAAGCGCACUUAUAUUGACCACGUAUUCUAGUUAAUAAAAUCGGACUCCUGAAAAAAACAAUGUGGGUCAACGCAUAUCUUCCGGCUAUAUGUCAUGAGGUGUUUUUAGGAAUCAUCAGGUGAAUCGGGUCAAGACGUGUCAUUCACCUUGAAAUUUUCUGAAGCAUUUUUAUUUAAGACAGUUGACCUUUACUCCUUAUUUAUUUUGAUUCCGUCCUUUCGAGUGUGAGCUUCAAAUCGCAAAUAUGUUAUCUCGUAAACUGCGCUCGGUUUUGUUUUGCUCAAAAAAUACUGCAUUUUGUAAAGAAUUUAAAGUCUCCAAAAGAGUUUUUAGUUCUAAAAUGUCUGUGCUUACUUCAGGACCUGAAAUUUGGUCCCCGAAUACUAAAACUGCCGAUUGGAAUAGAGCUGUAUCUGACGCUGAAAAAAUAGUUGGUUACCCAACAUCUUUUUUCAGUUUAAAAUGUUUACUAAGUGAGGAAUUUAAUACUGUGGCCAUGCAUCUUCGUAAAUUAAUGGGGACAAAUCAUCCUAUUUUAAGAACAGCUAAGAGACUUGUGUAUCAUGGUCGUACAAAUAUGCAAACAAGAGGUUUGAUUGUGUUGUUGUUGUCUAAAGCUGCUGGGCAUACUGAAACAUGUUCAGACAUUGAUUCUGCUAUUGCCUCAGGUGUUACAGAAAGACAACAAACACUUGCUGAACUCACAGAAAUGAUUUAUACUGCUCAUCUUAUUCAUAAAGGAAUUUUGAAUUUGUCUCCUACAAAUAUUCCUGAUGAAAAUAUGCUGCAUGAUUUGCAAUUUGGUAAUAAGAUUUCGAUUUUAAGUGGUGAUUAUCUCCUAGCAAAUGCAUGUAAAGGUUUAGCAAAUCUAAAAAAUUGUAAGGUGGUUGAUCAUGUGUCAAAAUCCAUUGCCGAUUUCAUGCAAGCAGAAUUUCUUGGUGAACAUGACAAACAAGGAAAUCCUUUACCUGUUAAAGAGAUGACUUUAGCUACAUGGGAAGAGAAAAACUGCUUAGCGAUGGGCAGCCUUGUUGCCAAUAGCUGCAAAUCUACAUUAGAGCUAGCAGGACACCCAGAAUCUUGGCAAGAAAAAGGUUUUCAACUUGGAAAGAACAUUGCGCUGGCAUGGCAAGUUUAUGAUGAUUUACAGCCAUUUGUAGAUAACUUAAGACAUCCACCUGGUUGUACAUUUGACUUAGUAUCUCUUCCAGUCAUCUUUCAUCUUGAAAAUCAACCACAAAAAGUUGAGGACAUCCGAGCCGAAAUUGGAGAUGAUAUUUCAAAUUUUAAUUUCAAAAAACUGUAUGAAUCUAUUAUGGAAGAUGAUAGUGUAGAGAAAACAAAAGAUCUUCUUCAUCAAUAUUCUCAAGCAGCUGAAGAUUUAUUAAGUGAAUUUGGUUCUUCUCCUGCCUCAAAAGCAAUUUCAAACAUAAUUAAUUCAUUAAGAAAAUGAUACAUUUUCACACUGAAAGAAAAAUGUACCUUGGGAACAUUGGAGAGGGGACAAAUAAAAAUUACCAAAUUGAAAAACAUGUUAUUGCGGGUGACCUUAUAACCUUUGUUCGUGCUGACAAAUCUACAAACAAGUUACUUUACAAUGGAAAAAAAUCAAUAAUUAUGUAAAGCAAAUUAUCAUUUUGAUUUCAAAGCUUAAUUUCACAAUUUCAUUAAAAUAUUAUUUUAUGUAUUGUAUUGUAGCACUCAGCUCUUUAACCCUUUAUAAGGCCCCGGGAUCCAUACUUCCCACUUUUUUCAUUAAUUUUUAAAUGUCAAUUGAAAGAUAUUUUCUCACCUAUGAUUAGUGUGGUCAUUUGCUGAUAACUUCAAAAAAUGCAAAAAAAAAAAUUUAAAAGUUUUGUAUAUUUACAUAUGGUAGCAGUAAAUGUUUGUGUGGUCAAGAAGAAUACUUGACAUUGGGGAGCAAUUUUUUGCUUUUACAUUAUGUGUUUGUUCAUUUGAUCGUGCUUCAUUGAGUUUAUUUGUAGUUAUAGCCACAGAAUUAGUAAAUGUGAUUAUUUAUAAGUGUAGAAGUUCGAGUUUAUGACCAAUUCUUUUAAGAAGCAAAUUUUUUUAAAUUCCACUGAACUUUUCACCAAAAAAAUAGUCUUGAAUAUCAAAUUAAUUUUAGGUGAUAAGCUAAACUAUUUUCUUUUUAUAAAACAAUCUCAGACCCAAAAGUGUUUCAACAUAACAUUACAAAAAAAUGGUUUAUAAAGGGUUAAUUAGCCUUACAUUAAAUUGUUAUAUAUUUUUUAUAAAGUUUCCUGUCAUGUUAAGGUGCACAACCUUUUUAUAAAAUAGCACAUGUUAAAAAAAAAUAUUUACUUGGGAGUCCGCAAUAAAUUAAGUUUUUAAAUCAAUUCAUAACCACUUAAUUUUUCUUUUGUUCUAUAAGAAUAUAAAUUUGUUUUCAAAAUAAAGUGGGAAAAAAAUAGAGCAAAUUGUGUAUAUGAUAGUUAGAAUGCAUAAAAAUUUUAAAACCAUGUUUCUGAAAUUUAAUCCGUAUAUCAUUUCAUUGAGCUCUUCCCUUGGUAUCACAUUUUCAUAGAUUAAUCAUAUUUCAUCAUCAUAUAUUUAUAGAUGCAUUAUAUAUUUUUAUGCAUUGUUUCAUAAAUUUUAAAGUCUCAUAGUAAAAAAGUCGUAAAUUGUAUUGUAUUUCAUAAAACUUUUUCACAUAAAUAAAUUAAAUAUGCAGGAACUGCAAUGAAGGCAUUUAUUAGUAUCAGUUGCUGUUUCUCUGUUCAUAAAAUGUGCUUUUUAUAGAAAGACUCUAUAGUGCAAAAUACAGUAUUACUUAAAAGAAAUAUUAAUAUAUUCAUAGUUGUAAUGACUAAAUUUAUAUUUUUGAAAAUUGUACAUUUCAGAUUAUAUUAUUUAUAAUUAUUUGUUGUUUAGUUGUUAAUUGUAUGUUAGUUGUUUAGCUGUUAAAUGUAUAUUUGUUAAAGGUUAUGUAUAUCAAAUGCUGCAUGUGUUUUAAAGGAAUAUUUUGAACUUAGAAUAUUUUGAACAUAAAAUGAAUUUAAGCCCAACAAGAAAUAAGCUUUUAAAUUAUCAAAUCAACCCUUUCUUUACUUCUAAUAAUACUUCUGAAUAACCUAACCUACUUUUAUUAGUUACAAAUAAACCUAAUUUACUAAUUUUAAUGUAAGCAAAACCUAUUUUUUUAAUGUAGUAAAUUAGAAGUGCUUAUCACUUUUUUUAAAACUUUUGAGAAUCUGGCAUUUUCUGUAAAAGAAAAAUAACACACAAAUGACAAUUUUGAUUAUAAUUUUUAUUUUUGAAAAUAACAUACAAUGACAAAUUUAUUUAUUGUGAUCAAUUAUUUCUUUUGUUUUUGAAUGGCAUUCAUUAGUUAGUGAUAUAAUUAAUCAAAACUAUCUGAUUGUAAAUCCCUCGUUUUAAAAGUUAUUAAUAUUGCUUUUUCUUGUAAAGAAAUAAAUUUUUAUUCUGUAUUUCAAUUUAUUUGAAAUAGCUUUACAAAGAAUUUUUUUUUUUUAAUUUAGCUAGAGUUAACUCACUUUUCUGUAGAACCUUUGCAUGUAUCUUAUUUUUAUUGUUGUAAAAACAGAUUUUGCAUUUUAAAGUGGUGCUAUUUUAGAGUCUUUUAUAAACAAUCAGUUUCUUUAUAUUAAUACUGUACUUUUUAUUACCCUGUAAUAAGCCUAAAAAUUUUUAUUAUUUUGAUUUUGUUUAGACCUAAAUUGUGUUUUUAU